AUGCCCUACUCGCUCAAAGGUCGAAACGUUCUUGUUACCGGUGGUUCACGAGGACUAGGUGCUCUUGUAGCCCAAAAGUUUGCCGCCGAAGGAAGCAAUAUCGCAAUAAACUACCAUUCUAAUAAGGAUGCUGCGGAUACACUUGCUGCAGAUAUAGCAAGCAAGUAUAAUGUCAAGACGGUUGUUGUCAAAGGUGAUGCAGGAAUAACUAGCGACUGCAUCAAUACCGUCAAGUCUGCAACUGAACAGUUGGGAGGGUUGGAUGUCGUGAUUUCAAACGCCGGAUGGACAAAGAUGACCCAAUAUGGCGAUCUAGAUGCAACGGAUGAUGCAGACUGGGAUAAAUGCUGGAAUGUCAACGUCAAGAGCGCCCUUCACCUGUUCAAGACUGCUCUACCUACUUUCAAUGCUAACCCUGAUGGCGGUGCCUUCAUUAUUACUGCCUCAAUUGCUGGCAUCAUUCCGAGCGGCAGCAGCAUUCCAUAUGGCGUGAGCAAGGCAGCCUUGAUUCACCUCAUGAAGUGCCUCGCUUCAUCCCAGGGCCCAAAGAUCCGUAUCAAUGCCAUAGUACCUGGUCUCUUGCUUACUGAAUGGGGCAAGUCAUUCCCUCAGGAAAGUAUCGGGAAAUGGGAGGCGAAGACGAUACUGAAACAGGCGCCCGAUCUCGAUGAUACCGCAGAAAUGUUCUUAACUCUUGCAAAGAGCUCCUCUAUGACUGGACAGGCUAUCCGAAUUGACUCAGGAUUUGGACUUUUGCAAUAG